AUGGCAACUCCAGCAGUUUGCUUGACUCCAGUCAAGAAGACCUCUUCCGUCUUCAACACCCGCACCGCUGGCGGUCGCAUGCCACUGACUCCCUCUCCCCGCACCCCACGAACUCAGACUCCCGAUGCCCACACACAAGAGUCUAUCCAUGGCGGCAACUUCAUGGCUCGCCUCCAACGCUCUGUCACCAAGACUACCCGUGACUCUCCCAAAUCCAACAUUGCUCGCUCACACACUCCCCGCCGGUUAGAGCUCGGUGUAUCAGAAUGGUCCCUCUCCGGAACCGGCACUGCCGCUGCCACCAAGGCUGCCACUAAGGCGAAGAAGGAGAAGAAGGAAGCUACGACUGUCCGCGCUCGCCCAACCAAGACUCGCAUCGCAUACAACUCUGCUGAUCGUUUCAUCCCCAACCGGACGGCUAGCGAGGCCAUCCGCAGCACCGGCGCAACCAAGCUUGAUAACGAGCAGCGCCCCAAGUCCAGCUCCAAGGUUGAGGGAUCAGCAGUACUUGCCAACGCCGCCAGUGCUUUCGAUCUCGGUGGACGUGGUUCCGAGGAGGAUGUAGCGCUUUCUUUGGAAGGCCUGAGUUUGGAGGACGACGACGACGAGAGCCGAUCACGAUCAAAGGCCACCCCCGGCAAGGUUGCCUACCAGUCUGAACUCGCAUCAGCAUGCGGCAUCAACAACAACACACGUAUUCUUGCCUUCAAGCCUGCGCCUCCAGAAUCAUCCAAGCCAAUCGACCUUCGCUCCCAAUACAACCGCCCCCUCAAGCCCGCCAGCACUGUCAACGCCCAGAGCCGCCGCCGUAUUCCAUCUGCACCCGAGCGCGUCCUCGAUGCCCCUGGUCUUGUUGACGACUACUACCUCAACCUCCUCGACUGGUCCUCUGGCAACCAAGUCGCCAUCGGCCUCGAGCGCUCCGUCUACGUGUGGUCAGCCGACACUGGUUCAGUAGCCUCCCUUCUCGAGUGCCCCGCCGACACAUACAUCUCGUCCGUCAAGUGGUCGGGUGAUGGCGCAUACGUCGGUGUCGGUCUGGGUACGGGUGAGGUUCAGAUCUGGGAUGUUGAGGAGCAGACCAAGCUCCGCAGCAUGUUCGGCCACGAGACCCGCGUUGGUGUCAUGGGCUGGAACAAGCACAUCCUAUCCACUGGUGCUCGCUCUGGUCUUGUCUACAACCACGAUGUCCGUGUCGCCCAGCACAAGAUUGCUGAGCUCGUCUCCCACACCGGUGAGGUCUGCGGUCUUGAGUGGCGCGCCGACGGUGCCCAGCUCGCCACUGGCGCCAACGACAACAUGGUCAACAUCUGGGAUGCACGUGCUCUUGCUGCUCCCAAGUUCACCAAGACCAACCACCGUGCUGCUGUCAAGGCUGUUUCAUGGUGCCCAUGGCAAUCAAACCUUCUUGCCACUGGCGGUGGUUCCAACGACCGUCAAAUCUACUUCUGGAACACCACCACUGGUGCGCGCAUCAACCACAUCCCCACCGACUCCCAGGUCACCAGCCUUCGCUGGAGCACCCACUACAAGGAGAUUGUCAGCACUGGUGGCUUCCCUGACAACAGCUUGAGCAUCUGGAGUUACCCCUCUGGUGUCAAGAACAUGGAAGUUCCUGCGCACGAGUCUCGUGUUCUCCACAGCUGCCUCAGCCCCGAUGGCCAGAUGCUCGCCACUGCUGCUGCCGAUGAGUCGCUCAAGUUCUGGAAGAUCUUCGAGAAGAAGCCCGGUCAGCCUUCGGUUGCUGCUGCUGGCUCUGCUUCCACAAAGCCCAGCGCUGUGAAGCAGAUGACCAUCCGGUAA